AAUCUCCAAGAGACGUUCAUGUUGUUUUCCAAUUUCCACCUUUCCCAGGGACUUCCGAAACCCCGCCUCUCCGGUGACGUCAACACAGCGCUGCGUCGGAUUAUAAAAGCCGCGUUGUCUGCGCUGGCGCAGAUUGACUCACUUCUCAGCUGGUGGAAGAUUACAUGCGAGACCCCGCGCGACCCCGCAUCCCUUUGCCGGGACAGCCUUUGCUACAGUCUGUGAGACAUCGCGUCCCCGAGCCCCACGCCUGAGGGCGACAUGAACCCGCUGGCUUUGCGAGCAGUCCGGACCCACGACCGCUUUUGGCAACCCGAACCGGCGCUUCAGCCCCCGGGGUGACGUGCAGCCCGCCGCCCAGACACAUGGCCCCAAGACCCCAGCAUAUUCUACACUGGAGGGACGCCCACUCCUUCUACCUCUUGUCCCCACUGAUGGGUUUCCUCAGCCGGGCCUGGAGCCGCCUGAGGGGCCCUGACGUCCCAGAGGCAUGGCUGGCAGAAACAGUAACAGGAGCAGAUCAGGUAGAGGCUGACGCUCUGCAGACGCCUCCCCCUGACUCUGGGAACCACCUCCCUCACAGGGAGGCUGAAGAAAAUGGAUCUCCCGAACAGAGUGAAGCAGCCCAGAGGCUCUGCCCUGUGGAAGCCAAAAGUUCCCCUCCUGAAACUUGGGGACUUUCAAAUGUUGAUGAAUAUAAUGGGAAGAAGCCAGGACAAGAUGGCCUUGGAGAGCAGGAAAUGGAACACACAUCCGGCGUGUCUACACCGCUGUCCCCUCGCCUGCAAAGGGCUGAUAAGAGGCCUGGGGAGGUGGUAGCUAAAGAGGGUGUGACUGAACCAGCUUAUCCCGCAUCACACUGGGAGGGUGGUCCAGCCGAGGAUGGAGAAACUGUGGAGGCUGCUUACCAAGCCGCUGCUGCUUCCAUAGCUCCAGGAUACAAACCCAUCACUUCUGUGCAUUGCCCAGGGGAGGCAGAACAGCAAGCCACGGAAGAGAAGGGAACGGCGAGCAAGGCUGACCCCUCCGACUCUCCUUCAGGCUCCCGCUCCAGAGCCUGGGAGGACCACUCUAGAGAAGGGCCUGAGCAGGAGGGAGAAGCCGAGCUAGAGCCACACGGGGCACGGCAGGGUCACCCUUGUCGGAAUGCAGAGGCCGAGGAAGGACCUGAGACGACUUCUGUCUGUGAUACAGGGAAUGCCUUCCUGAGGGCCUGGGUGUGUCGCCCAGGGGAGGACACAGAGGAGGAAGACUCAGAGGAGGACACAGAGGAGGAAGACACUGCUCAGGCCUGUACCAGUAACACCCAUACAAGUGCCUUCCUGAAGGCCUGGGUGUGUCGCCCAGGGGAGGACACAGAGGAGGAAGACUCAGAGGAGGACACAGAGGAGGAAGACACUGCUCAGGCCUGUACCAGUAACACCCAUACAAGUGCCUUCCUGAAGGCCUGGGUGUAUCAUCCGGGAGAGGACACAGAGGAGGACACAGAGGAGGAGGACACAGAGGAGGAAGACACUGCUCAGGCCUGUACCAGUAACACCCAUACAAGUGCCUUCCUGAAGGCCUGGGUGUAUCAUCCGGGAGAGGACACAGAGGAGGACACAGAGGAGGAGGACACAGCUCAGGCCUGUACCACCCCCUGUACAAGUGCCUUCCUGAAGGCCUGGGUGUAUCACCCAGGAGAGGACACAGAAGAAGAAGAAGAAGACAGCAGUGAUGUGGAUUCAGCCAAGGAAGACACAGCUCAGGCCUGUACCACCCCCUGUACAAGUGCCUUCCUGAAGGCCUGGGUGUAUCGCCCAGGAGAGGACACAGAGGAAGACACAGAAGAGGAAGAGGACAGUGAGAAUGUGGCCCCAAGUGGCUCAGAAACAGCUGGCUCAGGCCAGAGUCCCUGCCUUGAGCCCCAGCAUUGUCUACCAGGAGAGAAGACCAAAGGGAAUGGGGAAGUGGAGCCCUCUCCCUGCCGGGUGGCCUUCUAUUUACCUGGAGAGCCAGCACCACCUUGGGCUGCUCCUAAGCUGCCCCUUCGACUGCAGAGGAGGCUCAGACUGCUCAAAGCCCCCACCCAGGAUCAGGACCCUGAGGCACCUCUGGAAGCUAGAAAGGUGCACUUCUCUGAGAAAGUCACAGUCCAUGUCCUUGCUGUCUGGGCGGGACCAGCCCAGGCUGCCCGUCGCGGUCCCUGGGAGCAGUUUGCACGAGAUCGAAGCCGCUUUGCCCGACGCAUUGCCCAGGCCGAGGAGAAGCUGGGUCCCUACCUUACCCCUGCCUUCCGGGCCAGAGCGUGGGCCCGCCUUAGAAACCCAUCCCUUCCUCGGGCCUCCUCACCUCCUCCACAGCCCGAGCCUUGCUGUUGCCCUGAGGCCACGCCCCUGAGCCAAGAUGUGGCCACACCCUCUCCCCUUCCCAGUGGAAUCCCUCCUCCCAGCCUGUACCUGGGAGAGAGGCAGGGCUAAGCCUGAGUACUUUCCUGUUAUUUAUUUAUUUAUUUAUUUUAAUAAGAAAUAAAGCUUUUUGAUUUGUA